CUCCGGUCGCUGGCGUCGCUAUCCAGGUCGCAGACUCGACCUGCACGCGUCUCCCUUGGACUUGCGUUACACGAUUGUCAUGACGGCGACGAGCGCCUUCAGCCUGCGGCUGACCUGAGGCGAACCCUGACGGGGAUUACGGCUGAAAAUGACUUCGGCUGUGGGCGAGGUGAUCGGAUGAAGGAGAGGAAGAGGAAGAAGAAGAGAGAAGAAGAAAGGUCCUCUGCGGAAUCGCGAGAGCCGAAGAGAUGCUGGUACCGCAGGACAUGAUGGCGGCGCAGUCGAAGAUGCUCUACCAGAUAAACAAGUACUAUGGUGAACGGGUGCAGGCGCGAAUGGUCCAGAUUCAAAAGACUAUUCGGGAGGUGUGCAAGGUGGUGCAGGACGUGCUGAAGGAGGUUGAGGUCCAGGAGCCGCGGUUCAUCUCCUCCUUGACGGAGUGCAACGGGCGAUACGAGGGGCUGGAGGUCGUUUCACCGGGGGAGUUUGAGGUAGUUUUAUACCUGAACCAGAUGGGGGUCUUCAACUUCGUAGACGACGGCACGCUGCCGGGCUGCGCGGUCCUGAAGCUCAGCGACGGCCGGAAGCGCUCGAUGUCGCUUUGGGUCGAGUUCAUCACGGCCUCCGGCUAUCUAUCGGCUCGCAAAAUUCGCUCGCGAUUCCAGACCCUGGUAGCUCAGGCCUGCGACAAGUGCGCAUACAGGGACUCGGUGAAGAUGAUCGCCGACACGACCGAGGUCAAGCUCAGGAUCCGGGAACGAUACGUCGUCCAGAUCACCCCGGCUUUCAAGUGCUCCGGCGUCUGGCCACGCUCGGCGUCGCAUUGGCCGAUUCCCCACAUUCCCUGGCCUCAUCCCAGCCACGUGGCCGAGGUCAAGACCGAGGGUUUCGACCUGUUGUCAAAGGAGAGCGUCGCCAUGCAGGGAAAACAGUCCGCGAUGGAAGGUGACGCCUGGGUGUUGUCCUUCACCGAAGCGGAGACGCGGCUGUUGCAAGGCGGGUGCCGUCGGCGGUGCCUGAGCAUCCUUAAGACCCUCCGCGACCGGCACCUAGACUUGCCCGGCAACCCGGUGAGCAGCUAUCACAUGAAGACGCUGCUCUUGUACGAGUGCGAGAAGCAUCCUCUCGAAGCCGAAUGGGACGAGGCUUGCCUCGGGGACAGGAUAAACGGCAUUUUCUUGCAGCUGAUAUCCUGCCUGCAGUGUCGAAGAUGUCCGCACUACUUCCUUCCGAACCUUGAUCUAUUCAAGGGCAAGUCGCCCAGCGGAUUGGAGAACGCUGCUAAGCAAGUGUGGCGACUUACUCGCGAACUUCUGACCAAUAGUCGAGCUCUCGAGCACCUCUAGUACCCUCACCGAGUACGAUAUUAUAAUAUAUUAUAUAAACAUCGGUUUAAUGUGAAUACCGCAUUGAUUUUUGAGCUUGAACGUUCGUGCUUUCGGACGUGUAAAAAAUCGCUUCGUUAAACUUUGCGCUUGGUGACGUGCGGCGUUAUUUGCCAAUUUUUAUUUAUUCCACCCACCGAAGAAAUCCACUCCCAGCGAUCCAGUCUACGAGGGCCAGUUUUCAAUACCGUACUAUGUGUAACUAUUUUGCGUCGUCGUAUAGACCAGAAACUUCAAAAGCUAUGCUAGAACUUGUUUGUGAAUUUUCGUACUAUAUAAUAAAGCGUAAUGUGAUUUUUUUAUCGAUUACUACCACUAUACCAUUUAUCCUUACUAUGACGUCAUUACAUGUAUUAUUUAUAGUUGAUCGCGAAUUUCUGUACCCAAUUAAUAUACGGUCCAUAUAAAUCCUCAAAGAGAUUCCGCGCUACUGCGUAUAUUAUAUAUUGUUGACUGUAAAUAGUUUUUUCUAUGUUACUAUAUUUUAUAUUUGAAAGGAAGAGAAAAUUAUUUAUUUGUUAAAAUUAAACCUUUAUAUUU